AUGGGAAAUGGUAGCUCGAAAAAGAUUGAUGCACUAGAACAGCAACAAAAAGCACUCAUGAAACAGAAUGCUGAACUGGCACAACGCAUGGCUGAGCAACAAGAAGCACAUAAACAGCAGCAUGAAGCAACGAUUGAACAAAUGGCCCGAUUGUUAUUAGCACUUGCGGAUUCGAAAAAUAAUGAAACAGUUAUACGUAAUGAAAAACGAGACAUUGAAAUUGAAGGUACGACAUACGAAGUUGUUCAAUUUGUUAAUCGAGGUGGUUUUGGUGAAAUUUAUAAAGCAAAAGUAAAAAAUAAAAAUAUGAUGGUUGCUAUUAAAGUUAUGAAAAAUACACCCGGUUUACAAGAUGAAAUUAAAAAUGAAAUUAAUUUUUUACGUUUAACAAAACGAAUUCCUAUUGAUAACCAUCCUAUUAUCGAAUUUUAUGGUAGUAAAUUAACGAACGAAGGUAUUUUUAUUGCAAUGGAAUUAGCUGCUUGUGAUCUUGUUACAUUUUGGAUCAAUAAAGUAUCCGAAGGAGAAGCUCAAGAAAUUAUUGUUAUCGGUAUAAUUAUUAUUAUUUAUACAUUACGUGCGUUAGCAUUUCUCGAGAAAUUGAGUAUUAUUCAUGGUGAUAUAAAACCACAAAAUCUUGUUAUUGUCCCGAGUGAACAGGCUUUCUGUAUUAAAUUAAUCGAUUUUGGUACCGUCGAAAAAUUGAGUACUUUACGUGCUCAACUUACAGUCGAUGCUACCAAAUCUCAUACUCUAUUUUUUGCUUCACCUGAAUUUUUACGACGUGAUUCAAAAAACUUGAUGUCAAGACAUCUUCAUAAAAAAUCGGAUGCAUGGGCAGCUGGUGUUAUGUUUUAUCUUUUAUUUUGUGGUGGAUUACCAUGGAAAGAUCAAUUUGAAUAUGAAAAUUUUUGUAAUGAUCCGAAUGCAAAAGAUGUUGUUGUACCCGAAGAUGGUGGCUAUAAAAUGAUUAUUGAACUUCUAUUAAAGAAGAAUCCUGAUAAACGUUCAAGUGCUGGAGACACAAUUAUGCAAUUAAAAGCACAUCCAGUAUUUGGAAAGAUUGUCGAAUCACUUCAUAAAAAUUUUUGUCCUGUUGAUGAUGUAUGUGAUAUGAAGGUGCCUGAUGAUGUACGACAAGGGUUAAUUAAACUUGCACGACCUGGACAUUAUGCUGAUAGAUCAAGUGCAUCAUCAAGCAGAGAUAAAUCUGGACCACGUCGUUCAUGUCGAUAUGGUCGAGAUUGCUACAGAAAAGAUUCUGAUCAUCGUUCAGACUUCGCACAUCCAGGUGAUUCGGAUUACCAAGGAUCAGGAGCCUCUUCCAGUGGCCAAUCUGGAAAACUGAGAUGUUCUUAUGGAGCUAAAUGCUUUCGUGACUAUAAACACUAUCGUUCAUUAGUUAUCUUCAUUGGUGGUGUAUCCUUGUCAAUUUCGCAUGCUAUUGUACCAACAUGGGAAGCUGAAAUUAUCAAACACUUGACUGAGUUAAAAUUAUUUGAUGAGUCCGAAAAAAGCCAAUUAGGUGAUAAUGAUGAAGCACAACUAGAGAAAAACUCCAAUGAGUCAGUAACAGACAAAGAAGAGGCACUUAGUUUUCGUGGCCGUCGCAUUAAAUCGGACUCUUCGGACAAUCUCUUAGACCGAUUAUCAAUAGCAAAACCAACAAUGGAUACGGUACGAGAUAUUUUAACUCGACGACGUGCUCUUGAUCCAGCCGAAAAACAUAACCUAAUAGCUUAUGUACGCCAUCGAAGAGAGAGUAUUUUUCAACACGUUAUUGGUUACAAUUACGAUGAUAAUUCAAUUGUUGGUGGUCUUUAUACUCGUGUAGGCAUCGGAAGUAAGUUGAACAAAAAAAUAUUAGCCAAUGCUGUACAUCUAAUAAGAUCAUUCUAG